AUGGCUGAAGAGGUGCUCUCUAAUCCUUCCACAUCACGACCAGGAUCGCCUGUUGGAUCAAUAUCUGGGAUAGCACCGUCAAUACGCGGGAAUCAGCCCUCAUUUCGAUUCACAUGGGAGCGAAGACGAGGCCCUGGCAGCGUAUCGGCCUAUUCAGAAUCAGAGAGCAAAGUAGACUUUGUUGGGAAUGUAAAUUCGGCACGCGGGGAGAUUCAGGGAUUGAACACUGCGACGCUUUCAGCGGGCGCGUUUGGUGAUUGGAGUAGUGGGAAGCAUGGCUUUCAUGCUAUCUCCACUGUGUUGAAUCAUCCAACCAAACGGGCAGCACCUCCCAAGGCGCACUCGACGCUGCCAACUGUGGUUCCUGCGGACUUACCACGCGUCCGCAGAAAGGAUUUCGAUCCAUAUCUCAAGGAUAUAGCCCCUCAUUGGGCCACAUUCCGACGGAGUCAGCAAUAUGCGAAGCGAGCUCGAAGUGCGUCCAUCGUGCCAGAUGGCGCAUUGGAUGCAACUUCAGAAGCCCAGUCACCUACUUCGGUCUCAAUGUCACUAGAGUCUGUCCAGACCACCAGAGUACAGUCUUCAAUGGCGUCCUUGGACACAGUGCCCGAGAUAUACUUCAGUCCCGACUUUAACCUUACUCACCCUGCGACAUUUGCGCUCGUGACUGAACAAAAUCGACCCACUGAUGACGGCGGGAACAUAUCCUUUGAACAAGACCCAGCGUCCAUCUCAUACUCUCUUCCUCUCCUAGAGAAACUCUCCCACUAUGCAGACACAGUAGAAGGACAUCUCGUGCAAGAGAUUCAAGCCCGCUCGUCCUCCUUCUUUUCUGCUCUCACCAAUCUCCACGAUCUCCAAUCAGAAAGUGAACGCUGCCUCAGAAAAAUCGUCGACUUGAAGGCGAUGUUGCAGCAAAUAGACGAGAAAGGAGCGAAAAAGGGUCUCGAAUUGGCACGAGAGGACAACAAAAUCUCCAAGAUCCAGAGGUUGGAAGACGGAGUAGAACUUGUCCGACAUAUCCAAGAGAGACGCACAAUCGCUCAAGGCCUGACAAAUGCGGGAGAUUGGAAAGACGCCCUGAAUGUCGUCGAAGACAUUCGUUCCCUUCUGGACAUGAAAACAGAUCAUGCGGCGGUUUCGUCUACACAAGAGCCUGGUCGAGACCAACGUCUUCCCCCAGUGGGAGAAGAAGAGGCUAGUGACCGAGUGAACGAAGAGAUUUCAGCGACUAAAAAGCUUUCCUCUGUGAUACGGGACGUAUCAAUCCCCUCGAUGCAUGCCUUUUCGUCGCUGCCCGACGAUUUGCGGGACAUGACUCUGAAGAUAGCCAUGACGCUCACUCGAGAAUUCGCCGACGUGACGAUGCACGACUUGGCAUUGAGAAUAGCUGCAAACGGACCUGAUCAGGAGCUUGAUGACGAGGAAGCGUUACUGGAGAGACUCAAUUCUUUGGUGGUCGGAUUAUUCAGAACAGGCGAUGGGGGCGUCAAGGAUGCUCUUGACAAGUGGAGGGAAGUGGUUCUGCGCAAGGUCGAAGAGGUCAUUGAACAGAAACUAGCAUCCCUUAUCAUUGAAUCGGGUGGGGACUCGGACAGCAUGGGAUCUCUUGGCCAAAGCAUGCCGGACGUACUAGUUCGGUGCUUGCAAGAGAUGGCGCAUGAGGAUUUCCUGAGGUUUAUGAAGUCGAUCUAUGCGCCCACUCUACGUUGUUUGGAAGGUGCAAAUAUGCAGAGCGGAGUGCUAUUGACAAUCCUCAAUCGCGAGACCAAACCGAGCUCUAAAGCCUUGCAGACUAGCAAAGCUCUAGAUAAGACGUAUGAAGCGACGUUUUCUUCAAUUCUGUUCGCUGCGACAGAGCUAGCGCAUACUCGUAUUGCAAAGAUAAUCUCGACAAGAAAAGAUCAACAUACCGACCUCAAACUUCGCGACUUCUAUGCAUUCCAUCAAGAAAUCUGGACAUUCAUCGUCGAUAGUGAGGUCAUUUGCUCACGAAUGGUCGUGGGUCUACGAGGAACGCUCGGCGGUCAAUCCAAAGCAUUCCUGCAGGCAUUGCAUCAAGAGAGGCUCAAGGACAGUGCCAAAAAAGUGGAGGAUGAACAAUGGGCAGUCAUCGAAGUAUCCCCGAGGUCCCAGCGGGUGGCAACUCUCAUGGUAGACAGCGCAGUACGGGAUGCCCCGGAGCUCAUAUUCACCGAGGUCAAAGAGGGGGGCACGACGGAUAGACCGGGCCAUUCUCGCUCGCAUACUCUGACACCUGAUGAUCCCGUACCAAAUGACAUAGCGUCGACGCCGAGUGGGGAGGGAGAAUCAGCAGCCGCUAAGAACUCAAAAUAUCUCAUGGUGGACGACCGCCAGUUUUAUGUUGUCGCUGCGACAAUACAGGUCCUCGGAAUGGUGAUCGACUAUCUUCGCGUGGCAGUAAACUUUCCGAGUCUCAAUAUGGAGUGCAUGAGCCGGCUCGUCGAGUUUCUCAAGGCCUUCAAUUCGAGGACAUGUCAGGUUGUCCUAGGAGCUGGUGCAAUGCGCUCCGCUGGCCUUCGAAAUAUUACUGCUCGACAUCUCGCCCUUGCCUCUCAAUCUCUUUCAAUCGUUAUCGCACUGAUACCCUACAUUCGAGAGACUUUCCGCCGGCAUCUUAGUCCACAGCAAUUCGUGCUGUUGACCGAAUUUGAUAGGCUAAGGGGGGACUAUCAGAAUCACCAAGAGGGGAUUCACGCCAAGCUUAUCGAAAUUAUGGGAGAGAGACUGAGCUUCCAUUGCAAGUCACUGCAAGAGGUGAACUGGGGUGGCCCGACCGAGCAGCAGCAGCAGGGUGCCGAAACUCCGAAUGCAUACAUGCAAGCCCUAGUCAAAGAGACGGUGACGCUUCACAAGGUCCUGAGCAAGUAUCUCGGCUCGACCACCACCGAGCCAAUCAUGUCGGAUGUGUUUGCCUCGAUCAAUCACCGUCUUGGGGAGGAGUACCAGCGUAUUCCUCUUCCAAGUGUAGAGGCAAAGGAAAGGAUGCUGUCAGAUGCGCGCUUCCUUCACGAGAAGAUCUCAGCCUUGCGAGGUGCGGGCUCAUUGAGCAACAUGCUCGAGACUAUCGUCCAAGAAAAGCCCAUCGUACGCCCAGGGGCAUCAAAUGCAAAUGGAAUUACUAACGGAGCUGCGACGCAAAAUAGCAGUAGCCCGAGUAGUUCCACGCCUCGUCCACGCGGCAGUAUCGACCUCCAAGCGCAGCCCAAACCGAACGUCCGACAGAACAGUACUAGUUCUCCAUUGUCUGGACUAAAUAACAUUGCCGCUCGGCCGUCACCAUUUUCCCGCGCACGGUUUGCGAAUCUCUUGGGAGGCCAGGCCACGUCCAGCGAUGCGGCGGCUGGCUCGACGAGCAAUAUCAAUGAGAGUAGAGAGGAUACAUCGAUACCGGGAACGCCAUCAGGAAGUCUAGUCGUAGGUUCUUCUGGGGUCCCGACGCCGGCUCUAGAUGAGGGCAGAGCUUCGCCUGUGGCAGCCCCAUCGCCACCACACACGCCUGGUCCAGCGAGGACGAGCAUGAGCACGAGCGUGCAAUCUGCUCCAAGAUCACCUCGCUCAGAGGCCCCAAAUGCCACGAGCAGCCACAUCUAUUGCUCGGACAUCUGCCGUCGACAGGACUGCGGGGAUGGUUCAGCAUCCGCCUCCAAUUCGUCGGUGGCACCAUCUUCGGCAUCUUCAUCCCCGUCACGAGGUUCUCCCAAGCUCGUGCCAUCAAGGCAGCGAACUCAUCGCUCCAAUGCACAUGCCCGGCAUCUAGAGCGGUAUUCCACGACAUCCUCACGCACAUCCUCGCCAUCGCUUCACACCAGCGACCUUCCCGAACUCUCGGACAACGACGCGGAUUUCGGCUUUGAUCGCAAGGCUGGCGACUAUGGCGUCUUCCGCUCAUCCCAGGGUGUAUUGGACCAUGCAUUUUGGAAGUCUCGUUACGCCGAGUUUGGAGUGGCCACGCCCAUCAAUAUCACCAAACAAGAAGUCAACGUCGGCAGCAAGUCGGUACCGGGGACACCCACUGCGUUGCAGUAUGUUCGAAAACCCGGGCCCAUCAAUGCCAGCGCCAAUGCCGGAGCGUCAAAGCUUCUCGCCAGUCCGUCGCCCUACAAGCUCAGCCACAGUCACAAGCGUUAUGGAUCUGAAUAUGCCUAUCCAGUGCACACGACGACGUUUUCCAACGCUGGUUCUACCACAAAGUUGGCUCUAGGGCGAAACGGGUCUACCGAAAGCGCCACGAGCUCGACACCGCGCUCAAAGGCUGCGGCCGUGCUCACUGGGAGCACGACUGGACUUCAGAUGAGCGCAUCAGAAUCUACAUUGGGACAUGGGACGCAAUCAGCAGCUGCUACUGGAACCAUGAGGCACGUGUCGGAUACAAUUGUCCAUACCUUGCGACGGGCUGUUGAACCCUUUACGACCGUCGAAGCGCCACCAAAGGAACAUCAGCCCGUGUCCGACGCGUACAGUGCACUCCAAAACGUUGCUCGAACCCAUGGGAUGCGUUCUGGAGAGCCACGUGCAUCAGCAGUACAUUCUAGAACGGUCGAUCGUCCGAAGCAGCCUACGGCAGACGGUUCUUGGGAGAAAAUGCCAGCAGUGGCACCGGUUGAUGAGGCUGUCGAUUGGCAAUAUGUCGACGCAGAUGACGAGUCUCGUGUUCAUCGGGUCGGAGCAGAGACACGCGGCCGUUCGCGCAAAAGACCUGCCGCAAGCAGGAGCCCAUCUCCUCCAAGCUGGGCUUCGUGGGCCGAAAACGAGCCGAUGGAUCGUCGACGAGGACGAUCGGCUCACCGUGGCAAAUAA